CCGGAGGGUCGAAGGGCAUCGGAGUCCAGCUUGCCCUCGAGCUACUAGAGGUCGCGUUCUUCCGCUGCUCCCUUUCGUUCUGUCGGGCGGAGCCUUCUGUGAGCACGGCUGGAUUUGUCUGUGCUACCGUCUCUCUUUUGGGUUUCAAUAAAGUUUUCCUCUUCCUUCCCCUGUACGGAGCUCAAGAUGGCGGCCUCUUGGUCGCCCUUGGUUACCCUGCGCUUAGCGCCGAGCCGGCUGAGAGGAAGAUGUGUCCGGUGCAGGGCUUGGGCCGCUGCUCUCCCCACUUCGGUCACCGCCCCUGGAAACCCCUUUUGUAAAGCCUAUACAGUUCAGACAGCCAAGAGUAUGUCUCCAACUGCUGCUACAGAGGUUUAUUCAAAAGCUUUAGCUGUUUGCCAUGGACCACUGGACCACUAUGACUUUCUGAUCAAAGCUCGUGAGCUAAAGGACGAUGAACAUCAAAGAAGAGUCAUACAGUGUUUGCAGGAAUUACAUGAGGACCUCAAAGGAUACAGUAUAGAGGCAGAAGGCCUUUUUUCUAAGCUUUUUUCAAGGAGCAAACCUCCAAGGGGCCUGUAUGUUUAUGGAGAUGUUGGUACAGGGAAAACAAUGGUGAUGGACAUGUUUUAUGCUUAUGUGGAAAUGAAGAGGAAAAAACGGGUUCAUUUUCAUGGUUUCAUGCUAGAUGUUCACAAAAGAAUACACCGCCUUAAACAGAGUUUGCCAAAAAGGAAACCAGGAUUCAUGGCUAAAUCAUACGAUCCAAUAGGUCCUAUAGCUGAAGAAAUCAGUGAAGAAGCAAGUCUUUUAUGUUUCGAUGAAUUUCAGGUCACUGACAUUGCUGAUGCCAUGAUUCUGAAACAGCUUUUUGAAAAUCUGUUCAAAAACGGGGUCGUCGUUGUGGCAACAUCCAACAGGCCACCGGAAGAUCUCUAUAAAAAUGGACUCCAAAGAGCUAACUUUGUACCAUUCAUAGCUGUCCUGAAGGUCUCUAAGGCAAUGGGAGAGUGGAAUGCAUGUAUUUGGGCAAUGCUGUAUUUCUUUCUGGAAUACUGUAAUACUGUCCAGCUAGAUUCUGGGAUAGAUUAUCGGAAAAGGGAACUUCCUGCUGCAGGAGAACUCUACUACCUCACAAGUGAAGCUGAUGUGGAGGCUGUCAUGGAUAAGUUGUUUGAUGAGCUGGCUCAGAAACAAAAUGAUUUAACUAGACCAAGGAUUCUAAAAGUGCAAGGCAGAGAGCUGCGGCUGAAUAAAGCCUGUGGAACCAUUGCCGACUGCACAUUUGAAGAGCUAUGUGAGAGAGAUAUACAACAAAGGCUUACCUGGGGAGUGAGGAAUUUGGGCCAACUAAGAAAAAGUGGGAUUUUUUUGCCACUUGGAGCCAGUGACUAUUUGGAACUGUCAAAGAAUUUUGAUACAGUAUUUUUACGAAACAUUCCACAAUUUACCCUGGCAAAGAGGACCCAAGCUCGGAGAUUCAUAACUCUCAUUGAUAACUUUUAUGAUUUCAAGGUGCGCAUAAUUUGCUCUGCAUCAACUCCCAUAUCAAGCUUAUUUUUGUAUGAACAUCAUGACAGUGAGUUGGAGCAAAGCAGAAUACUGAUGGAUGAUUUGGGGCUGAGCCAGGACUCAGCAGAAGGACUCGCCAUGUUUACUGGAGAAGAGGAAAUCUUUGCAUUUCAGCGCACAAUUUCCCGACUCACAGAAAUGCAGACUGAACAAUACUGGAAUGGAGGGGACAGAAGGAAGAAGUAGCCGUCACUUUUGCAUGAAUAAAACUCUGGGCAAAUCAUUACCGCAGGGAGAACUCUUUAUUAUGGGACUUGAAGGAAUCAUUUUCUCAUCAUUAAUUAAGCACUUUGUCCUCUGGACCAUUUUUAUCUAAAAUUGCUGUCAAAGAUGUAGUGGAUUAGUAAGUUAAAGCCAUUUUUAGGUCUACUUUUUGCCUAUUUAUUUGGCCUUAUUUCUGCACCACAAAAUUAAAAUCAGCACUCCUGAAGUUGAAUGUAGGACUAGGCAUUUUGGUUUCAUAUUAAGCCACCUGAAUGAACCUUGAACACACACACACGUGGUAAAUGCAGGGUGUUGGGAAAUCUCUAAGCUUUGGCUACAUGGUAGCCGCACAAUAGAAACACAUCUUUAUGAGAGGGGAAGAAAAAACUCUACAUUUCAAUUAAAAACAAGGAAAGCUUUAUGAUCUUAUUUCUUUUCUUUUUCCCCCAUGGUACUUUAUAUGAC